UAGCACAAGGUGGAUCCAUUUAUAUCCCCAGCUUGGCCCAGCCAAAUGAUCAGUGGAUCGAGCAUGUGUCGAGCAUGUUGCAGGACCUAGGAAAGCCCCAUCGACGUCAAUGUGCAGCUGUCGCCAACUUAAUCUACAUGUAUAUCUAGCAUGUUAUAUGUAGGAAGGAGCUACUCAUCUACUUAGCUAAAACGUGAGCGAUAAACUUCUAAGUUUGGAAAGGGAUCUGAAAAAGUGAAACACCGAUAUUCACUAGGUACCUAUCUCUCACGGCCAGAGACCAUCCUCGGCGUAAACAUUCUCUUUCAUGAUUAACACGUACCUAUUCUCUAACCAACAAUAUCUAUCCACGAAACCAAUGGGUUUUUAAGCUUCAAUUCUCUCCUCACGACCACGUCAACCCAAAGACACAUCAACAGCAAUUCAUACGACCACUCAAUCAUCCGGGAAUUUCCGCGAUUUUCACAAAGCACCCAUUUCAACAACCUUGGUACAUAUUACAACCAUUGGCGGAAGAGCUUGAGGCUCUCAUUGGUUUAAGCUAUACAUUCAUGGUUAUAACAUAUCUUGCAUCAUCCCGCGGCCAUGCGUUGAGUGUUGAUUUAGGGCAGUUCAUCUUUCGGAUGUGGAUUUCUAAAGUUUCAAGAUGCUUAACCCUCGUCGGCGGACGGUUCGGCUGCGAGAAGCAGAGGAGCAGCCACUUUUAAAUCGCAAUGUUUUUGGCAACACUCCAGAACAAGAGCCGCUAUUUAGUUGCAAUACAAAUCCACAUGCCCACCUCCCAGUGUAUACAAAUAUUCAUAGGAUACGAAGGGACGUCAUCAGCAUAGUCGAAGACUAUCUUACUCUUGAGCAAUUAACAGAUAUUCGGCUCAAUAUAUCGGUCGUCCGACCCCUGGUGGACAAGCUUUACGAGAAGAAUGACAUUUCCAUCGUUUAUUGUUUACUUGUGAACAGAUCUCAGUUCCUGCAUGAGCAGGAACAUAUGACCAAUAGACAAAAUGUUCACUUCACGCGAGCGACACUUUGCGAGUUAGUGGCGACUCGCAUCUUAAGACGCUUCGGCGAUGACAACCCGGGAUCCGAAGGAUUACUUCUUUUGGCGAACAUUUUGGUUGCUGGUUUUGGUCCCUUUCAGAACGCACCUGAGGAGGUUCGCCAAGAGGCCUAUCUAGGACCUGCAUGGAGCCAAAAUAGAACAUUGCCUGCCCUCGAAGUUGCUGUCUUAACUAGUAGCAAGCAUUUCCUUAGUUCAACACAUUGUCAGAAAGUGGUCAACGCGAUUUACAUUGGCCAGGUCAUUUAUACACCUUCUACUUUCCUGGAUAUGAUACCGGAUCGAUAUAAGCAGAAACCCAUAUCGCUAUAUGAACCACAUGAAGCACCCUUACUAAACCAGUACCGCCUAAUAGUACCCCGUACAAGGAACAUGUUAGAAAUAACACAAUUUGUGAUCCUCCUUAUACUAUACCUUCUAUUCAUGCUUGAAAGGAAGGCAGAGUACCUAAGUAUCCUAGAAGUUGCGUUUUCAGUGUAUGCAUUCGGCUGGGUUCUAGAUCAGUUUGCAACACUCCUUGCACAUGGAUGGAAUGUGUAUACACAGAAUCUGUGGUCAUUCCUAGAUGUCAUGUUUGUACUGGUCUAUUGGGCUUAUAUUAUUUUGAGAAUCUACGGUUGGAAAUGCGGGCAGCUUGAACCGGGACAACAAGCUCUCGACGUACUUGCUAUGGGAGCUCCUGUACUCGUGCCCCGACUGGCAUUUAACCUACUCUCGGACAAUUUGGUGUUCUUAUCCCUACGGUCGAUGAUGGCGGAUUUCACUCUCUUGACAGCCCUGGCAGGUUGGUGUUUCGGGGGCUUCUUGCUUUCUAUGGUAUGGCUAGCGGAGGGACGACACAAUAUAGUGACCAUUAGUAAAUGGAUGCUAUGGAUUUGGUUUGGCUUGGAUGGCACUGGUAUUUCACGUUCUACGGAAUUCCACUGGCUCUUAGGGCCAACCCUGAUGGUCACAUUUGCGUUCUUGGGCAACACGCUAUUCUUGACAAUAUUAGUUUCAAUGCUCUCGAAUACCUUCAGUACCAUUGUCAGCAACGCCACUGCCGAGAUACAAUUUCGAAAAGCCGUCUUAACUCUCGAAGGCGUGAAGAGCGAUGCCAUAUUCGCAUAUCAGCCACCGUUUAACAUUAUUGCCCUAUUUAUUCUGGUUCCAAUGAGGUUCGUGGUCAGUCCCCGCUGGUUCCACAAGAUACAUGUGGCAACCGUUAGGACAAUCAACCUACCAGUGCUGCUCUUCAUUGCCGUGAUAGAGAGGCGACUUUUAUGGUCGGAUACGGAGUUAGCGCAGUACCCUACAGAGCAACUGCCGAAGAAACGUCGUAGCCGAAGCUGGUUCUGGGAGAGAUGGAGAAUAACGAGCCACGGAGAUAUGCAAGCUGUAUUUGAUAUCGCGCCUCCUGAUUCGGUGGAAAAUGAUAUUGCCGUUGACGAUGAGCUGACACAUCAUAUGAUUCGAAGGCAGUUUGCUCGAAACCAGACCUCUACAUUGCUGGAGCAGAGUAAGAAGCAGGACAGCGACGACACUGUUCAACAGCGACAGCAGCAGCAGCAGCAGCAGCAGCAGCAAGAAGAAGAACAACAACAACAACAACAACAACAGCCACAAUCAUAUAAACCACCGAGUCGUAGAGACUCGAUAGCCCCGUAUGGGAUGUUGACAGAGCAGAUACGGGCUAUUAUGAGUGAAUCAUCCGAAAUCGAAGACCUGACAAGUCGUCUAGGCUCAUUGGAGCGCACUACUUCGAGGAUCGAGGAGAUGCUGGCGAGGAUAUGUAGCAGUGAUGACGACGACAGGAAGACUCAGGAAUCAUGAGGUUAAUGACGAUAACUAGCUAUACAUACCGGAUUGUAUAGCUGAGUACCAAUUCACAUAUGUACAAAAGUGACUCAACUAUCGGAUUCUCAGACACGUACCUAGAUAUACGACUUGGGACUAGCGAGCUUAGUUUUGUAUCGGAAUUAAGCACUUCAUAUAGCAUACGUAAUAGAUACUAUAACAGAAGACUGAGGC